UCACGGUGCUCGCUCUACCGGGGCUGCUUGACCUCCUCCUGGCUGCUGCUGUCUUUUAAGCUCACGCUGUUCCCGAAGAUAGGCGAAGAAUGAAUAUCCAUAUCCAAAUAUUAUGAUUAUCAGGCACCCACCAACGGAGAGUGCUAUUCCUACACCCAAAUUGUCGGCAUUUUCUUUCCGAUCUCUUUUUCUCUUCGACCUUCUUCCCUUAGUUGGAUGCAGCCUUUCUUUCACGCGGAACUCGACUUUUCCUUGUGUUCCUAGUUCUUUCUGUUCGUGGUCGCUUAUCUUCGAGUAAGUCUCGAUAAGAGCAGCCAAAUGCACCUCAUAAGGGGAAUAUUCGAGCUCAACUUUGUGUAGAGGCUCUAUUGAGGUCAAAUUAGGGUUAUCCGCAACCCGAAAAAUUGGGCGCUUAGUUGUGUAAUCGGAUACUCUGAGAAGAGACUUUAG